AUGACAAUUCUACGUAGAAGUGCAACCACCGCUGUCGCAUUCUUUCUCGGUGGAACUGUCCUCACAAAUUUCUGGUGGCAUCCACCAAUAUGUUUAGCACAGAGUAGUAUAAGGAACAUCAUGAUAACAAGACCCUCUCUCCCAAUGAAUCUGCGAGAACGAUUUCAUCACUAUGCGAUUCUUGAUGCGGAUGGACGUGAGGUAUUAACACCUACUGGUUUUUUGGCUUGUUUAUGCCUUCUUGAUGAUGAGGAAAUGAAGAUACUUGAAAACACUGGUCAAGAGUCUCUUCCAAUUCAUAUUCGUCAGCGCUUGGAGAAUCUCGUUCGCCUUAUGGAUUUAGAUCAUGAUAAGUCUAUUGCAUACACAGAGUUUUGUAUAUUUUUCUCUCUGAUUUCUGCAAGACGCAAACAUUUAAAAAUGGCAUUUGGGGUUUUUGACAAGAAUGAAGAUUUUUGCCUUUCACGACAUGAGUUUAGACAUCUUUUAAACGCUUUAAUGGUUGACCAUAGUGUACAAGUUGUAAAGAAACAACAUUCACAGGGUCGGUUGAUGCCAUCACCGUUAACACGGGAUACGGUAUAUUCGUUAGAAAUGAAGAAGGAGGAAAAAGUUGCCUCUCAAGAGAAAGAUUCAUUAUCAAUGACUAAAGAUGCCUUCUUCGCAUCACCUCUUGUUAAACAUCUUUUUGGUCCAAGUGGUGAUUAUCGCGUUUCUUUUGAGGAAUUAUUUUCAAUUAUUCGUGAAAUUAGACAAGAUGUGUGGGCACUACAGUUUGGUUUACAUGAUCCAAGUAACACAGGAUUUAUUGCUAUGGAAGAUUUUCGACGAAUUUUAUUUCGUGGAAUUGGAAAAAUAGGUGGCACUAUUAAUAAUAAUAAUAAUAAUAAUAAUAAUAAUAAUAAUAAUAAUAAUAAUAAUAAUAAUAAUAAUAAUGGCAAUCCAAACAGUAAUAGUAAAGUAGAAAAAGAACAAAGAUUUACAUCCUGGGAAUUGUAUCAUAAGACAUUUGAAAUUCUUUUUGAAUAUGAUACCGUUGGUCGUGGAAUUGAACUUGCGUUGAAGGCGAAGACAUCAUUACCUUUAUCGUCAUCGAUAAUAGCAACUGAAUCUCAAGAGAAUAAACGAGAUGAAGAGAAAAUGAAAGCAACCCAUUCGGAAAUAGCAAAGAUUUCCCUUUCCGGUGAUGAUAAUAACAAUGUUGAGGAACUUGAUAGUGUAGAGUUUCACCGAGUUCUAGAGAGUUGUCCAGGGCUUCCCACGUUAACGCAACGGGAUGUGGAAUACUUAAUGCGAGUUUUUGAUUUGGAUGGAUCAGGGAAACUCUCACUGAGUGAAUUUGAGCGGGUGUGCCGAUUGUGUACAUCUUUCUUCUCACCUAGACAACCACGAUUUAGUGAACCAAGGCGCAAUGCUAUUCAGCAGUUUGUGUUCUGCAUGCAACAGUUGAAGUAG